GCCGAGAUCUACCACACAGUUAAAUUUUGCCGAAAUACACAUGGCUGCGAGCCGAAAAAAAGAGAUUGCGUAUUGGUGCUGCACGCUACUUGUUGACGGUCGCAAAUAAAGGUGCUUGUUUUGAUUUGAUGCGGUAACAGCAAACGGGGGGCCAUAACGUGAAUAUUUCUAUCUGAAAAAAUCAGCUGCUGGUCGUACUGUUUCGACGAUAUGAGUUUUCUUCGAGGUCGCUUACUAGCCGGGCUGAUCGGCUCAUGUAGUGGUAGAGGCUUAGGUUGUAAAGUAACUAGUUAUCAAGUGGUUGCGGCUGAUAACCACCAGUCCCUGACUGUAAACUGUCCCAAAAGAAAUUUCUCCAAAUCAUCGUCCAGCAACAUGAAGUUCGUCCAGUUUAAAACGAAAUCCAGCGAUCAGCAGCGUUUGGGGGUAUUAUCUUCGGAUGGUAGUAAAGUGACUGACAUCUCGGAUGACUUCUCAGGUGAUCUGAUCAAUCUGAUACGGUCGGGCCAAACGUUGGAAGCUGUUCAGAAGAAGGCAUCCGGGGGGAAAUCUUUGGCGAUCGGAGAUGUGAAUCUAUUGGCCCCGGUUACCAAUCCUCAGAAGAUCCUGUGUGUUGGACUUAAUUAUCGGGGUCACUGUGAAGAACAGAACAAACCUAUUCCAAAGGAACCGAUGUUCUUCAGCAAGUAUGCUAGCACAAUUGUGGGACCAUUCGAUGGGGUGAUUGCUCAUCGUAUUACUGAUCAAAUUGAUUGGGAAGUUGAACUAGCGGUCGUCAUUGGCCGGGAGGCGAGACACGUUUCCCGAGCUGACGCCUUAAACUACGUUUUCGGAUACACCGUUGCUCAGGACAUAUCGGCCCGUGAUUGGCAGAAAACGCGCAAUGGGGGACAAUUUUUGAUCGGAAAAUCUAUGGACAGCUUUUGCCCUCUGGGCCCGGCUGUUGUACACAGAUCGGCAAUUGCCGACCCACACAACCUGAACAUUCGUUGCUCGGUCAAUGGGGUGCAGAAACAGAACGGAAGCACCGGUGAACUGGUUUUCAGAAUCGAUGACAUCAUCGAGCGUGUUACGCAAUCGAUAACUCUCCUGCCAGGGGACGUAAUUCUUACCGGAACUCCGGCCGGUGUUGGAAUGCAUCGUAAUCCACCGGAGUUCCUCAAACCAGGUGAUGUAAUCGACAGCGAAAUCGAGUCGAUCGGAAAAAUAAAAAAUACCGUUGUAGCUGAUCAGUGAAACAAUUGUAAAAAUGAUUCGUGAAAAAACCAAGCCUUGUAAAAGUUAAUAAAUGUUUCAAAAAU